CACGCGCAGGCAGCUGCCAGGCGCAGGGACAGCAGGAGCAAAGCAGGGCGGCGUGCCUUCGGAGGCGCCUGGGGAAAGCCCCCGCUGCUGCCGCUGCCGCUCCUCCUCCUAGCAUGUCUAAGCAUCCUUCCUCGUACGGAAAGAACGGGCUGGCGGACCCCAUCUUCCAGGGGAGCAGAGGCACGGCGACCCGCAGAAGCCGCUUAAAACGGUCCGAUGGUAGCACAACUUCCACCAGUUUCAUCCUCCGGCAGGGAUCAGCAGAUUCGUACACAAGCAGACCAUCAGAUUCUGAUGUAUCUCUGGAAGAGGACAGGGAAGCAAUCCGCCAGGAAAGAGAGCAGCAGGCAGCUAUUCAACUUGAAAGAGCAAAGUCAAAACCUGUAGCGUUUGCUGUUAAGACUAAUGUGAGCUAUUGUGGAGCCCUGGAUGAAGAUGUUCCUGUACCAAGCACUGCCAUCUCUUUUGAUGCUAAGGAUUUUCUACACAUUAAAGAGAAAUAUAACAAUGACUGGUGGAUAGGAAGAUUAGUUAAAGAAGGCUGCGAGAUUGGCUUCAUUCCAAGCCCACUUCGGCUGGAGAACAUCAGGAUCCAGCAAGAGCAGAAGAGAGGGCGUUUUCACGGAGGGAAAUCAAGUGGGAAUUCUUCUUCAAGCCUUGGAGAAAUGGUGUCUGGCACUUUUAGAGCUACACCCACUUCCACUGCAAAACAGAAACAGAAAGUGACAGAACAUGUCCCUCCCUAUGAUGUAGUACCAUCCAUGAGGCCUGUGGUGCUAGUUGGCCCCUCACUAAAAGGCUAUGAGGUGACAGACAUGAUGCAGAAAGCCCUGUUUGACUUCCUGAAGCACAGGUUUGAUGGGAGGAUAUCAAUAACUAGAGUGACAGCUGACAUUUCUCUUGCUAAGAGGUCUGUUCUAAAUAAUCCAAGCAAGAGGGCAAUAAUUGAGCGGUCAAACACCAGGUCCAGUUUAGCGGAAGUGCAGAGUGAGAUCGAACGAAUUUUUGAAUUGGCACGAUCCUUACAACUGGUUGUUCUAGAUGCAGAUACAAUCAAUCAUCCAGCACAACUUAUUAAGACAUCCUUAGCUCCGAUUAUUGUACAUGUUAAAGUGUCAUCUCCAAAGGUCUUGCAGCGACUGAUAAAAUCAAGAGGAAAGUCACAAAGCAAACACUUAAAUGUCCAGUUGGUUGCAGCAGAUAAACUUGCACAAUGUCCACCAGAAAUGUUUGAUGUCAUUUUGGAUGAAAAUCAGCUUGAAGAUGCUUGUGAACACUUGGCAGAAUAUCUUGAGGCCUACUGGCGUGCCACACACACUACUAGUAGCACACCCAUGACACCUUUGCUUGGAAGAAACCUAGGCUCCACUGCACUAUCCCCUUAUCCUACUGCAAUCUCUGGAUUACAGAGCCAACGAAUGAGGCAUAGCAAUCAUUCUACUGAGAACUCUCCAAUAGAACGACAAAGCCUAAUGACCUCUGAUGAAAACUACCACAAUGAAAGGGCUCGGAAGAGCAGGAACCGCUUGUCUUCCAGUUCCCAACACAGCCGAGAUCAUUACCCACUUGUGGAAGAAGAGUACUCCGACUCAUACCAGGACUCCUACAAACCCCACAGAAACAAAGGGUCCCCUGGAGGAUAUAGCCAUGAUUCCCGACAUAGGCUUUGAAUACAAGAACCUGGGGGGAAAAUUGUACUCAUCAGUUGCCAAUUUGUCAUAACAUAGCUAGGCCAAACUAAUCAACUUGAUUUGGCAGGUGUGGCAUGGUUUUACUGUGCUUACAGGCUGCUGCCAUUUAAUGCUAUAUAAAAGGGGCAAAACAUAUAGAUCAUACCUUUUAUGUUUAGGAAGAAAUCAGUUUGCUCAAUCAGUUAGGUGUGUUUUCGUUCCAGUAUAGAGAUUAAUUUCAAACAGUAUCUAUUUUCCUCAUUAGAUAUUAUUAGAUACAUCAAUUUGUAACUUAGGAUACCUGUUGAGACGCAUAUAAAAUAAUUUCCUGCACUGGAAAUUCCAAAUGACCAGUUCCAGUUGGAACCAAUUUAUAAACCAAUUCCUGUUGGAAUUUGGGUGAAAUUGACUGGAAAGUCAAGCUGAGCAUGUUGCAGUCAGUUUUAAAAAAAUUAAAAUGAAUAAGAAAAUGACAAAACCAUUGUAAGCAAAAAAUAAAAUAAAAGCUGUAGAACUUGUUUAUCAGAAUGUGAUUUUAGAUAGAUAGACAGACAGACAGACAGACAGACAGACAGACAGACAGACAGACAGACAGAUAGAUAGAUAGAUAGAUAGAUAGAUAGGGAUAACAAACAAUUUUAUUGUAUUUAUUUCAGACUAACCAAAAUGUAAGCAGUCAAUAG